GGGAUGCUGAAGGUGCUAAAUAGCAGCAAGGACAAGAGGCUUGGCUCAGUGUGAGAUACCCACUGUGCUGGCCCGACAGGCUCUGGGAUGACAAUAGAGAGCAUGGAGAACGUGGAGGUCUUCACUUCUGAGGGCAAAGGCAGGGGUCUGAAGGCCACGAAGGAGUUCUGGGCUGCAGACGUCAUCUUUGCCGAACGGGCUUAUUCUGCCGUGGUUUUUGACAGCCUCAUUAACUUUGUGUGCCACACCUGCUUCAAGAGGCAGGAGAAGCUCCAUCGCUGUGGGCAGUGCAAAUUUGCUCAUUACUGCGACCGCACAUGCCAGAAGGACGCUUGGCUGAACCACAAGAAUGAGUGUUCGGCCAUCAAGAGAUACGGGAAGGUGCCCAAUGAGAACAUCAGGCUUGCAGCCCGCAUCAUGUGGCGAGUAGAGAGAGAGGGCACUGGGCUCACGGAAGGCUGCCUGGUGUCAGUGGAUGACUUACAAAACCACGUGGAGCAUUUUGGGGAGGAGGAGCAGAGGGAGCUGCGAGUGGACGUGGACUCGUUCUUGCAGUACUGGCCCCCGCAGAGCCAGCAGUUCAGCAUGCAGUACAUCUCCCACAUCUUUGGCGUGAUCAAUUGCAACGGCUUCACUCUUAGUGACCAGAGAGGCCUGCAGGCAGUAGGUGUGGGCAUCUUCCCCAACCUGGGCCUGGUGAACCAUGACUGCUGGCCCAACUGCACCGUCAUAUUCAACAAUGGCAAUCAUGAGGCAGUGAAAUCCAUGUUUCACACGCAGAUGAGAAUUGAGCUCCGGGCCCUGGGCAAGAUCUCAGAAGGAGAGGAGCUGACGGUGUCCUACAUUGACUUCCUCAACGUCAGCGAGGAGCGCCGGGAACAGCUGAGGAAGCAGUACUACUUUGACUGCACGUGUGAGCACUGUCAGAAGGGGCUGAAGGAUGACCUCUUUCUGGGGGUGAAAGAGGACCCCAAGCCCUCUCAGGAAGUGGUGAAGGAGAUGAUAAAAUUCUCAAAGGAUACACUGGAAAAAAUAGACAAGGCUCGCUCUGAGGGUUUGUACCAUGAGGUUGUGAAGUUGUGCCGGGAGUGCCUACAGAAGCAGGAACCAGUGUUUGCUGACACCAACCUCUACCUGUUGCGGCUGCUGAGCAUUGUGUCAGAGGUCCUCUCCUACCUCCAGGCCUUUGAGGAGGCCUCACACUAUGCAAGGAGGAUGGUGGAUGGUUACAUGAAACUCUACCAUCAUAACAAUGCUCAACUUGGCAUGGCUGUGAUGCGGGCAGGGCUGACCAACUGGCAUGCUGGUAACAUCGAGGUGGGGCAUGGGAUGAUCUGCAAAGCCUAUGCUAUUCUCCUGGUGACACAUGGACCCUCUCACCCUAUCACCAAGGACUUAGAGGCCAUGCGGGUACAGACAGAGAUGGAGCUGCGCAUGUUCCGCCAGAAUGAAUUCAUGUACCACAAGAUGCGAGAGGCUGCUCUGAACAACCAGCCCAUGCAGGUCAUGGCUGAGCCCAGCAAUGAAUCAGCACCUGCUCUGUUCCAUAAGAAGCAAUGAGGACCUAGUUGGGGGUGUGGAGGCAAUGUGGCCAGGGAGGUAGGGAUGGAGUUGUCAGGUCUUAGAGACCGUUGAUGAGGGAGUCAGAGUGAUGCUCAAUUUUGUGUUUUGUGGGAAUGUACUGUCCUGUGCCCCCCACUUUUAUUUUGGUUCAGUUGAACUCAACUUAGCUCUGUCUCAUCCAAGCCCAUCUCUUUCUAGAAAUAUAUUUAUUGGGUGUUGAAAUUCACCAUCUAUUUAAUGAAGGAACUUCAAAUAUAGUUGAGUUAGGAGGAACGUG